UGGAAGUACCCCUAAGUGGUGUGGUCGAAAACGUGGUGGUUCUGUCGAAAAUAUGGUGUGCAUCAUUAGCAUCUUUUAGUUAAGGCUACUGCAAAUCAAACAUAUCCUUUCAUUCGAAAAAGGGUUACAAUUAGCACCUUCUUCAACUCUUAUUAUUCUUGUUCACUCUUAUUUCCCAAUUCAAACCCUAUCCCUAAUUCUGCAUUUUCUACACACUUUUUUUUUUAUCGGAAUGGACGAGAUUCAGCCGCCGGAGGGUCAAAUAAACGGUGCCGGAGGAACCCUAAUUCUUCACUCGUUGGAGCCCGCCAUCGGAUCCAAACGACAACGCCGCCCAAGCGUCCGAUUGGGCGACAUCGGUGGCGACCAGCCCUAUGAUUCCACCCGCCGCAACACAAAGCCUUGGAAACUCGCCUUCGAUGGCCAUCAUCACCACCACCACCGCAACAAGGACAAGGACCCAGGUAAACCUUCCAAGACUCGUCCUUUAACGAACCUGAGCGAGUUUAACGAAACCCUAGAAGUCUCGAACGAGCGUGAAGCCGGGAACGUGGACUCUGUUGCAAUUGGCAGCUGGAAGGUGAAGGAGUCCAAGAAGAGGGGCUCUGUGGCCACCAAAAGGGUCAGAUCGAAUUGGGUUUCGCGAAUCGAGGACGGUGGCGGGGAUAAUGGCGGCGGAGAAGGGGAGGGAGAGAAGUAUAAUAACGGGGACGAAGAUGGCGAGGACGAUGAUGGGUAUCGGGAAUUUGAGGUUGAGAAUUCGGAGAGCCCUUUGAAGGAGCAAAGCCCUAUUCAUAGCAUGGAGAAUUUGGCGGUUGAUGGGCAUAGGAGGGUUUUUAAGGGUAGGGAAAGGGAGCAACAGCAUGAUGGGGUUGAGCUAUCUGCACCUUCUGAUAAUGAUGUUAGGGAUUGGAAGUGCGGGGAUAGGAAUAAUGAGAAUGGUGGUGGAAGGGUUAGGGGUGGUGAAGAUGGUGUUAGGGUUUGGCUUAAUGGACUGGGGUUAGGCAGAUAUGCUCCCGUGUUUGAAGUGCAUGAGGUGGAUGAUGAGGUUUUGCCCAUGCUGACUCUAGAGGAUCUCAAAGAUAUGGGGAUUAGUGCUGUUGGGUCCAGGAGAAAAAUGUACACUGCCAUUCAGAAGCUUGGUAAGGGCUUCUCCUGAGCUGAACUUGUUUUUGGUGCUGCCCUGCCUGCCGGAUGUAGAUUCUCAGCCGUAGUGAAUUCAGAUGCUUGUGUCUGAACUGAACUGAGUUUUAGUAUGUUCUUCCAUGACGCUUUUUUCUAGGGUUGGAAAUGUUAGGACCUCACUUGUUUGAGAAACAAACACCCUUCUUGAAAUCCAGUGCAAGUAUAUAUAACUCUGCGAAUUUUGUUGGAGCUAUUCAUUGAAUUAUUUUUUGUCUGAAGCAUUUAUAGAUUUCUAGUUGGAUUUCAUUGA